UCAAAAUAUUUGAACAAAGGGGCGAGAAAUGACUGCUGAAAACGAAAAUAGAGUGAGCAAACAGCUCCCAAUUCGUUUUGACCUCUCAUCACGAACCCUAACUCGGAAUUUGAUUCUGAUCGCAGGGAUCUGAAACGACGAGGUUUUGAUAUGAUCCACUGGAUUACUGGCUCCGUUGUUGAAAGGCGAGUAUGAAUUAAUAUCGAUAUUGAGAAAUUCGUCUUGUCUGAGCGAAGCAAAACGGAGAUGUACCUGAAGAAGCCGUUGUGGAGUGAAACAACAGAGAAAGGGGACGGAAAUGCAACGGUAGAGGAUGACGGUGUUGUGAGCGAAGUCGGAAAGUCGCUGCAGCAGCAGAGAGUGUAUAGAGAAGUCACUCUCGCCCUCAGAACGGGGCUCAGAGAUGCACGUGCUGAAUUCUCCUUUCUCCGUGUUCGAGCUCUCCGUUCCAUUCUCAAGUUCCUCCGUUCCGUUGCGGAGGCUGAAUCAACCAUUGACCUCUUUAAUCAAACCCAAUGCGUUCCCCAACUCCAAGUGGUUCCGGUUUUGUUUCAGCACUCGCUCAAAGAGAGUGGGGAUGAUUACAAUGAGAGUAAGGUAGGUGACUUGAGCCAUAUAUUUGGUGUGGAACCAAUGAAGGUGACGAGUCCAUCUACUGAUGCUGAAGUUGCGCUUGCUCUUAGAGUCUUGGAAGGGUGUUGUCUGCUUCAUCCAGAGAGUACAAUACUCGCCCAUCAAAACAAUGCCAUUCAGGUUUUAAUGAAUAUAUUAUCCACUCGUGGAGUAUUGGAGCAAGGUGCCUGCUUAGAUGCUUUAAUCUCGUUGAUGGUGGAUUCAUCAUCCAAUCAAAUGGAUUUCGAGAAAUGUAAUGGUAUUAUGGAAGUUGCUGACCUUCUAAGAGACAAGCAAGUGGAUGAAAAUCUCAGGUUAAAAUGUGGAGAGUUUUUGCUGCUACUCACUGGACAUGUGAAUGGAAGAGAUUCGGCUCCUUUGGCAAGUAUACAUGAAGAUACAAGGCGUCUUCUGGGGGAGAAAACAGCCUCGUUGAUAUGGGCAGCCAGUCAGUUUGACCCAACACUGGGACCAGAGGAGAGACUAACAUUCCUCCAGAACCAGGCUCGCAGGGUCCUUGAAUCAUUAGACUUGGACUGAAUGUUAAGGAUAACACCUUCAAUUUUAGGGAAUUGGGAAUGUGCUCCUUUUUGUUUCCAAGUUUAGUAUGUAUAUUCUCAUUAUUUUUGUAUUGGAAUAAUAAUUAUUUGUACAUUGUGGUUAAGCCUUUGAUA